AUAACAGGAGGCUUAGGAGUUCUAGGAAGGCUUAGAAUGGAAAGACUUUUAAGAUGUUGUCCAGAAAUAACAACGAUUUAUUUGCUGGUAAGGGCAAAGAAACAGAAGGAUCCGCAAACUCGAUUUAAAGAGUAUUUCAAUGAUGUUCUUUUUGAAAGAUUGAAGAGAGAGCAAAAAGAUGUUGAAAAGAAGAUUAUUGUGAUUGAAGGAGACACGAGUCUAUUGAAUUUAGGAUUGUCAGAGAAGGACCGCGAUCGCAUUAAAGAUACCGAUUUAAUUUUUCACAGUGCAGCAUCCGUACGUUUUCUAGACAACAUUCGUCUUAUAGUUAAUACAAAUAUUAGAGGAACAAGGGAUCUUCUCUUGCUUGCACAAGAGAUGACAAGCUUAAAGGCCUUUGUUUAUGUUUCAACGGCUUACUCGCACUGUGUUUACAAUAAAAUCGAAGAAAAAUUGUAUAAGCCACCUAUGAAGACAGAUGAUAUAAUUAGAUUGACAGAGAUUUUGAUCAAAGAUCAAUUAGAUUUAACCCUUUCUCUACUGGGUAAGUGGCCUAACACUUACGCAUUUUCAAAGGCAAUCUGUGAAGAUACAGUACGGCAAUAUUCUAAUGGAAUUCCAACUUGCAUUGUUCGGCCAUCUAUUGUUGUCGCAACGGAAAAAGAACCAAUUGCUGGUUGGAUAAACAAUUUGUAUGGACUUACAGGUGUUAUUUUUGGUGGCGCGACUGGUGUUUUACGAACACUGUAUUGUGAUAAAGACUUAAUUUGCGAGAUAAUUCCUGCUGAUUAUGUUGUCAAUAACAUUAUUGCUGCAGCAUGGAACGUUGCAGGAAAACGUUAG